UUUCUUCAUGUAUUUCGUAUUGAGCAAUGUAAAGAUAGACUAUUCUCCAUCUACCAACUGUUCUGUACCACACUGAAAAUGAGGAACGUGGAGCCAUACUGAACUCAUAAGGAACAGACUUACAAUAUACAGGUAUUUCCAUUAAACAACACAAUGGAAGACUAUAAAUAUCUAUUCAAAGUGGUUCUGAUUGGUGAAGCUGGAGUCGGAAAGACAUGCCUUGUCCGAAGAUUUACCCAGGGCUUGUUUCCUCCUGGCCAAGGAGCAACUAUAGGUGUGGACUUCAUGAUCAAAACAGUAGAAGUAGACGGAGAGAAGGUCAAGUUACAGAUCUGGGAUACGGCAGGCCAAGAGCGGUUCCGGUCCAUCACUCAGAGUUACUACCACUCGGCGAAUGCCCUGAUUCUCGUGUACGAUGUUUGCUGCCAACAGUCCUUCGACAGUCUUCCAAUGUGGAUAGAGGAAAUUGAGAAAUAUGCUAGCUGCCAAGUUUAUAGCUAUCUUGUUGGAAACAAAAUUGAUCAGAUCAACCAAAUAGAAAUUCCACAAUCAAUUGGUCAGCAGUUUGCAAAUCGAUACGAAAUGAAGUUUUUGGAGACAUCUGCAAAAGAGGCAGACAACGUUGAUAAACUGUUUUUUGACAUUGCACAUCGCCUGACUGCUCAGGCCAAACAACAGGAACUGGAGGUCGACAAACCAGUCAACUUCAAUGCCAGCAACACCACAAAUAUCUCCAACUGUUCAGGCUGCUUAAAGUUUUGAUGGUUUGGAUAUUGAAAUUAGAAAUUGGUUGCUUCUUCAGAAUGUUUGAAUGAUUGGUAGUCUCUGUCAUGUAGGCUCUUGUAUAAAUGCCAUUAUUUGGUGGUCUGUGUCAAGAGCCAAUAUGAGGUAGACUAAACAGCAGGUAUGGGUUGUCUGAGCUGUGCAAGUGUCUAUGUAACCAGCUUAAGUAGUGUUCUCAAUUUCUUUCCUCAUCUGCCUCAGCUGGAUGUUUGAUAUUCAGCAUGAGCUGAAUGUUUGUUGCCAGUGUAAUAUUGUAGCAAGCACUCCAUGUGAUUUAGUGCUUGUAGAAUGUUUAGUCAGGAUGUGAAUUGAAUUCCAAUUUGUCUGCAGUUUUAUGCAAAUUGAUUGCAGAGAAUUUCAGGAAAUCCAGACUCUGAAUAAUUUUCUUCAGUUAACUUUUUUAAUAGUUGAGUAAGUAAAACUGCAAUAUCUCAAAAACUGUUUUUAAUUAAUUGCAUACUCUUCAGAACACACACUUUAAAGUUAUUAUGGAAUGACAUGUAUAAUACAUGUUCAAAAUAUUUGAUCAUCAUCAGUAUUAUGGAGAUUUCUGUUGAAGUUGAAAUUAUUUUCUCCAAUUUAUUAUGUUUAAUUAUACACUGCAAUGGUACUAGGUAUUUUGUUUGUGUGGAAUUUUAUUUUUUCCCUAACUUAAAGUUGAUUUCGUAAAAGAAAACUCAUGCAUGGUUCAUCAACCAUCAUAACCAGAAGUUUUACAUGUUAAUUACCUACAUUUAUUUCACUUUCUAUGUUAAUGUUGUACAAAGUUUGCCAAAUCUUUAAAUAUUUUGUUAUGUUGGCUAAUAUAAAACCACCAAACAGAAUUUUUCAAACUGAUAUUUAUUUGUAAAGUAACAUACUUGUACAUUCACAUACAAGCUAGAGUAAAACAUAUAUAGGAUUCUCUGGUCCCUGAGUUAUGAAACAAAUUCACUCUACAAAUUCAGUUCACAUUUAUCUUGUUAUUAAUUGAAAGUUUAAAAUGAUCAAUUGUUAUGAUCAAUAUAAACUAGAUAUUUGUGUAUUUUGAUAUUGCAUUGGAAAUGAUGACUGAUUUCUUCAGGGUCCUGGCCUUGUGAGUUUCUUACUUCAUCCCACACAAAAAGACUUCCAGCAUUGUUAAUUUGAUCACUUGCUCAUUUCCAUUACUGGCUUAUGAGUUAUCUCCCUUCAUUAUGAAUUUUGAAUUUCAUUACUGGAUUGUCUCCUUUCAGUGUGUCAGUUUCUGGCUUGUCUCACUUUGUUUAUGCAGACAAAACGGCUUGUCAGUUUUUAAAUGUAAUAUUUCAAACAUAUAUCUUGACGGACCUGCAAAUGUCAAUACAGGCCUUGGGAGUCUUUGUCAAGGCUGGUCUGAAAACAAUAUAAAAUCACCAGGUCUGUCUUUAUUUCAUAUACGAACAACACAGGUCCAUGUGGUUUAACAGUUUGGAUUGCAAAAAAGAAAACAUCCUAGGUCUGAUAUGUUAUUUCCCUUUGGGCCUGUCAAAUUUUCUUAAUGGGUGGUCUCCCUUUGAUAAACCAGGCCCUGCGAGUUUUAUAACCAGUUUGUCUCCCAUUGUUCAGGUGCUGGUGUGGUGAGUUUGAUCGCGGGCCAUUUUCAGCCCACGUAGGCUGUCAACAUUAUUGCUGUACCAGCUACUGAUAGAGUGAAACAAGAUCAGUCUGGUCACAGUGCUCAUUGAUUUCCAUCACUGGAUUAUCUCCCUUUGUCUGUUUGUGGGCCAGUUGAAUUCAGUUACGUUAUUCAUACUAUUACGCUUUCCCAUUGAUUUAUGCCAAUAUAAUUUUGAAAAUAAAAAAAUAGUAGACUAAUAGUCAGGAUAAAACACAAUAAUGGUAUUGAUUAUAUUCAUUGAUAGUCGAGGCAUGGUUAAUUUGUUUUACUCGAUGGUGAUGUUAUUCACAGUGUUCAACAGCUUUAUACUUGUGCCAUAGAAGGGUAAGUCUUCCUAAAAGAAUUGAAAUGUGUUUAAACAAAAAAAUGUCAAGUAGGAACUAGAGAAACAGUGCUGUACUAGGAUCAGAUCUCUAGACAGGUGUGUACACCUCAAUAAACAUGUUAAUAAAUAUAUCAUGGUAAAUAUGAUAUAAUCGUGCCAUUUUAAUAAGGCCAUAAUAAGUAUAGUACAUCAUGAUUUCAUCUUAAUUUAUUAAUUUCAAUAUUCAACCACCGUCUGAGGGCCUGUCAGCAUCAGCCAUUUUCUGCUUCCAACACAACAGUAACAAGGGACAUUACUCUAAAUUCAAAUUCAAUCUUGCGCCAUAUUUGUUAGUGUCUGGAGCAGUGGACACUAUCGCCUCAUAAUACCCAUGUGUGUAGCAAAUGGGAAGUCAGUAUUUUGUCAUGUGAUGUACAACAGUGAUAUUUCAUUGACAGCCACCAAUAUUGACAUUAUCCAUUCCUCUUUAAAUCUGAUCUGAUUUAUAAUCUGAUUUUUUCAGAGUUAUAGCCCUUUAAUUCUGAAUUUGAUUACUUUCAAAUCAAAUAAACGCACAUUUUAUUGAUAGCAUAUUACAAUUUUUAAACAGCAACUUUUUUCAGAAUUAUAUAGAAAUUAUUCAAAAUGCCCUUGAUAAUAUCACCAAAAUCAUCUUUGUUUCUUUGAUUUGAAAGGACAAAACUGUUUUGACGGUUAUGUAUAUGUUCCGACUGUCCAAAUUUCAGAUAAGAUGAAAGGUUACUGUAAGGGUCAAACGACCACAGUUUUUGGUUGUGUAUAUGAACAUGGCUUAUAACCAGCCUCUGUUGACUGAAAUGUUUGAAAUGACCCUAACUAUAUGUAGAACGGUGUUUGAGAUUGUGCAUUACAAAGUUCAGCAUUAGAACUGGAAGUAUGUGUGCAGGAGAACUGAUGGAUUUGCAAUCAGUGUAUGUAUUAUGAUUUAUUGGUAUGUAUAUAAGAUUUAUAGACGUUCCAAAGAUUAUCCUCAUUGGAUGCCGAGAUUUUUUCCUGAACAAUAAAUUCAUUUGCUGUACAUAUUCUUUAAUAUGGAGGUUACUAAGAUUUCUUGUUUAGAGAUGUUCUUCAAAAUGUGUUCAAUUUGUUAAACCAUUCAAUGUGUUCUGUUUUCACCCUGUCAUAAUGUGUUCCAAUUUUUCAGCCAUACCUUGAAAAUAUUUAUGUACAUGUGACUUUAUUAAUCAUGUUAUUUUCAUUGAGGAAGAUGCUUUUGUAAUGUGGUUCUGAAAAAUGUCGUAAUUGUAACAAAACAAUGUUAUGCUUUUGGCAUUAUUCCUUUUUCAUUGGGGCAUUUUUCAAGUUUUACUGAAAAGAAAUUAUUCAAAACUAAUGAUUUGUUAAACUUUUCGAGUUUUACAAAUACAAUCUUGAUAAAAUAAUAAAUUUAGAGAAAGCUGUUGAUGAUGCUAUUCAAAAAUGUCUGAUUCUUGAAACACUGUAAUCAAAGUGAAAUAUGUCUGAGGGAAGAUGGAAUAUUUAAGGAAAUUAUGUUUUGCAUUGAUGGAAUUGCAAAAUUACUGUAAAUUAUAUAAAUAUAUAUAUAUAUGUUUUUUUCUUUUUUUUUUGCAUUUAAAAUACUCUUUUUUUGCCCCUAACUACCUGUAUAUCCACAAGGGAAAUCACAUUGAUAAAAAUGAGGUUGAAUUUCAAUACCACUGUCCCUCUGUGACAUAUCGUUGCCAUAGUAACCAAUGAUUAUUUUUUUAGAUUUCCAAAUUAUAUUUGUUUAUUCAAUUGCCAUGUUCACUGUAUAUGAAUCUAGUCAACGUACAUUUAUUAAAUUUGCAUUUAACAUUUUUAUCACAUUUUUACAGAAAAUGUCUCCUGUAAAAGCACAGAGUAUCUAGAUUUACCUAUCUGUAUCUAAUGUUCAAUCAAUUCUCAAUUAUACUCCAUCGUUUGAUAACAAUUACCCAAUCAGAAAAUGGAAUGUAAAAAUCUGCAAUCAACUUUUGUGAAUUUAUUUGUCAUGUUAUUGGUGAGGCAAGACAAGUAUAUAGUUUGUUAAUUACUUACUUAUAGUUAAGUUUAUUUAAUGACUAAUUAAUUAUGCUUAAUGAUGAAUGUGCAAUAAAUACAGAAAUGAAAAUUGUGCAAUAUCCCACUGAAAGAUUAAAAUUAGGAGAUAAUUUUAGUGUAUGACACUGACUGAUAACAUGGUUGAUCAUCAAUUAAUGAUAAUUACCGGUAAUUACAAAUUCCCUACCUAAACUGUCUCAUCAGCAUUUAUCUCUGUAUACAAAUAUACACUCUAGUCACUAAAGCCUUCACAAUAUGAAAGUUUUUUUUUCGAAAACGCCUGGAUAAUGUGAAUUGUAUUGUUUUCAAAUAUAUUGAAGGUUUUUUUUUAUAAUUGAGGUUUGAUAAACUUCAAACUGAUUUUUUACUCUGGAUGUUUUUGUUUUGUUUCUUAAAGUAUUAAUUCCUGUGAAGGUUAUUUUUUCAGCGGUUCCAAUUUAAUAUGCAGUCUUACCAAAGGUUUGAAGUAAAGAGGAAUGUUGGAAUGUAAUAUUUUUGCAGAAAUUAUGAAACAGGCUAUUAUUUUCUCUAAUUUUAUUUUCAAAGCAUUUAUUUAUUUAUAUUUAGAGAUUUUAAUUUUCCAUAAUUUUCUGUAAUAGCAAAAACUAGAACACUGAAAAAAAUUAAAAGUGUCAAUAAAAAUCCUUUGAAAAUAAUGAGCAAAAAUUGAAACUGUUUGAAAAUAAAAACCUUUACAGUAAAUUAUAAUGUUUAUAUCUCUUGAAAUCCACACACUUUUUAAUUUGUUAGUACAUGUACAAUGUAUAUACUUGUACAGAACUAGUCUUCACAGGUAAAGUCUUCGUAUAAUAACCCGUAGUGUACUGUGGGACGAUAUUGGUCUUUUAUCGCUAAAUAAAAUUAGAUGGUCUGGUAGCACAGUGGUAAUGCACUUGCCUUUCAUCUAGUCGUAUGGGGUUUGAAUCCUCGAUCAGAUAUGAAAAGGUAUGGGGUGUCCUGCCCAUGCAACCACAUGGGUUUUCCCCGGCUACUCCAGUUUCCUCCUACUGUAAGACCUCUCGCCCACUUCCAUCGGGGCCAACAAGCAUAAUAAUAUACAUGUAAGUUGUAUUUGCAAUUGUUGUAAAAUAAAUAAAGUAUACAUUUUUUAUUUAAAUUACAUUUUAUCAACAGGAAAGUAGGUAUCUAUUGUUCUACUAAUCCCUAUGUAUUUUACAUUACUGGCAAUGAUUCUCUUCAGAAUACUCCAAACAGGUUUUAGAUAUUAACCUGAUUUUUCUGUAUGUUAUUUAUGAUUUUUUUUUAUCAUUAUCAUAUAUAAGAAACAUUUUAUUUUCCCCUGUAUAUCUUUUAAGCUUUAGUAUGAUUUUACCUUAUUUUCAUUAUUAUAUAUAAUUUUACAUUUUCAAUCUUUCUUCUUCCAGUUUGUCCCAAAUAUUAUUUGAUUCAGUUGAAUAUGGAGAGAUGCAUUUGGACAGACAGAUGGUUGGUGUGUUUGUCCAUCAGAAUGUCUUAACAUCUGGUGAGGAGCCAGAAGAAACACAGACUAGGAAAGAUAAAAAGACAAUUAUACAAGCAUGUUUCAAAUAAAAGUGAAAUAAUUUUAUUUAGCUGAGACAUCAUUUUAAAUUCUGCUUCUAUUUUGAUUCUAUAAAAAAAAACUACGAAUAUUGAUUAUAAAGUCCAGUCCCAGCAAAAAAAUUAAGUUUUAUGAAUUAAUUGAAUUCCAAAUUUUGACAAUUUUAGGAAUUAAUUUUACAUUUUUUUGAUUUUUUUUUUCUAUUUCAAACGCAUGUUUCAAAUUUCAAAGUUUUCUUGGAGAGAAACUAUUACACAGAUUUGAAAAUUGACUACAUUUGCUUACAAUUUCUUGAUUGACAUUUAUUACAUAAUGGAAUAUAUUGCAGUAUGAAAUCCAUUUUUAUUCAUUAUGUACACAACUUUCAUCGUGUAUGGAAUUAAAAAAUAUCAGUAGUAGUACUUUAUUAAUCAUUAUUGUUGUUUACUAGAUCUUGAUAUUGUCUGUAUCAUCAAAAAUAUUGACCAGACUUGGUUUCAUUCGAAUUUCUAGUCAGAAAUGUAUAAAAUACAAGUUUAUUCAUACUUUCAUGAAAUCUAAAAAAUGACCAACCUAUCUGUGUAGAAUAUAUUUUACAUAGAUAUACAGUAUAUAUAUAUAUAUAGAUCAUACUAGAACAACGAAAAAAAUAAUCCAGUUCAACCAACCAAGUUUAAUCCAUUUAUUACUAUCACUACUACAAGUUGUUUACAAAAACAUGCUUUGUUUGCUUUGCAUUCUGAUAUUGAGAUUUGUUUUGUCAUAUUGAUAUUAUAAUAAACAUCCUAGACUCAG